UCCGCCCCGGCUGCCGGCGAAGGAAGAAAAGUUUGGGGGCGACUUAGGGCCGAGGGAGCGCCGGAGGAGGAGGAGGAGGAGAARGAUGCGCGGUUUCCCCGGCUGAUCGGGAAGGAAGGAUGACCGAGGGAGGAUGUGCACCAGCAGCCAGAUCAUCGGGAGCCUCCUGGUGCUCUCCGUGCUGGAGAUAGGGUUAGGGGUGUCCAGCGUGGCCGUGGGGGCGGUCAGUUUCAGCCUGGUCCUCACAGAGCAAAAGCCUCAGCUGGGAGACUCUUCUCCGGUAUGGAGCGGGGUGUGUUUUCUGCUUUGCGGCAUAUGUGGAAUAUUGUGUGCCAAAAAAAAAUCUGGACUUGUUAUGAUACUUUUUUCUGCCUGCUGCAUCUGUGGACUGAUUGGAGGAAUCUUAAAUUUUCAAUUUCUUCGUGCUCUGACAAAGAAGUCAUCUGCUCUCUAUUCUUUGCAUCUUGCCUCCAUGUCCCUUGCAUGUAUUGGAAUUGGUGGUUGCACCCUUUCUUCAUGGCUCACUUGUCGGCUAGCCAGCUAUGAACAAAGGCGAAUGUUCUCAGAGAGGGAACAUUCAUUGCAUCACUCCCAUGAAAUGGCAGAAAAAGAAAUGACAGACAACCUAAGCAAUGGUGGCCCACAUCUGAUUUAUAAUGGAAGUGUAUAUUAAGAAAUUUUUAAAAGUUCCAUGGAAGGAAGUGGUUUUAGAAWUUUCUUCAGGAAAAAAAAUAGACUCCAAGGAAUUAAGAAAAUGAAACURUCUUAGCUUUUAUGGCUCAAAGGUCGCAACUGCAGACCGGCRCAGUUGCAAUUCCCUUUUAGAACCAUGUUCAAAAUUUGUCUCCUAAASAUUUUGCGGAUAUACAAUAUUUAUUCACUUCCUGGCUACUCUCUUUCAGUUUUUUGUCUGAAUAAUCUUUCUGAAKUGUGAUAGUAUUUGAAAUAGACUUCUCAAGACUCUUAUUCUCAUGAAGACUCAAAAAUCAGAAAAAAAACCCCAAAAUGAACUGCAUUUAGCCCACUCAAAGGAGAAGGCAGAGGAAGAAUGGCUCGGGGGAAUCUUUUUCUCCUCUCCACUUAGCAGCAUCUGGUGUACGGUGGCUUCAGAUCAUGGCAUGGUACAGCAACACAUCUGCACAGUCCCUCUCUACACAUUUUGAAUGCAUCCUGCCUCAGUUUUCCCAGUAGAUCAUAUCAAAAGAGAGAGCAAACUCCUCUUCCAAAAAGCUUCCAUUUCACAUCCAGAGUGUAAAUGAACAGUGUGCUGAAAACAACACCAAUGUCUUUGUUUUGAAAGACAGAAUGCUCUAAGAAUGCCAUAAAUCAAAACCUCAAUAAUGCCUUGUUGUAAAGAAAUUGUAAAUAUUUCCAAUUUGUGAAUGAAGUAUAUUUCGUAAUUUGUUCAUAAAAGAUGACAAAUAAAAUGAAAUCUAA